AUGGAUAGAGUGACUUCGUCUUUUAUGGGUUCCUUUUUUGUUUGGGCAAUUUUGGUGCUUGAUUUGGUACUUAAGGCUUCUGGCAAUCAGGAAGGCGAUGCCCUGAAUGCAUUAAAGAGCAACUUGCAAGAUCCUAACAAUGUUCUUCAAAGCUGGGAUGCUACCCUUGUCAAUCCCUGCACGUGGUUUCAUGUUACAUGCAACAGUGAUAACAGUGUGACCCGUGUUGAUCUUGGAAAUGCAGAUCUUUCUGGUCAACUGGUUCCAGAACUUGGUCAACUUACAAAUUUACAGUACUUGGAACUUUAUAGCAAUAAUAUAACUGGAAAAAUUCCAGAAGAGCUUGGGAACUUAACAAAUUUGGUGAGCUUGGAUCUUUACUUGAACACUUUGGAUGGUCCCAUACCGACUACUUUGGGCAACCUUGCAAAACUACGUUUCCUGCGUCUCAACAACAAUAGCUUGACAGGAGGCAUACCCAUGUCUUUGACAAAUGUUUCUUCACUGCAAGUUCUUGAUCUCUCAAAUAACAAGCUAAAAGGGGAAGUCCCAGUGAAUGGUUCAUUUUCUUUAUUUACCCCCAUCAGUUAUCAAAACAAUCCUGACUUGAUACAACCAAAAAACACUCCAUCUCCUGUUUCUCCAACACCACCAGCAGCUUCUUCAGGUAACAGUAAUACUGGAGCUAUUGCUGGAGGAGUUGCUGCUGGUGCUGCUCUGUUGUUUGCAGCCCCUGCAAUUGCACUUGCUUAUUGGCGAAGAAGGAAACCUCAGGAUCAUUUCUUUGAUGUUCCUGCUGAGGAGGAUCCUGAAGUUCACCUUGGUCAGCUUAAAAGGUUUUCUUUGCGUGAGCUGCAAGUUGCAACAGAUAACUUUAGUAACAAACACAUUCUGGGUAGAGGUGGAUUUGGAAAGGUUUAUAAAGGACGCUUAGCUGAUGGAUCUCUUGUAGCAGUAAAAAGACUUAAAGAGGAACGCACGCAGGGUGGGGAGCUGCAGUUUCAAACCGAAGUGGAAAUGAUCAGCAUGGCUGUACAUCGUAAUUUGCUUCGGCUUCGUGGUUUUUGUAUGACACCUACUGAACGGUUGCUUGUGUAUCCUUACAUGGCUAACGGAAGUGUAGCAUCAUGUUUACGAGAACGUCAAGAAUCCCAACCGCCACUUGGCUGGCCAGAACGGAAGCGUAUUGCAUUGGGAUCUGCAAGGGGGCUUGCUUAUUUGCAUGAUCAUUGUGACCCUAAGAUUAUUCACCGUGAUGUCAAAGCAGCUAAUAUAUUGUUGGACGAGGAAUUUGAAGCAGUUGUUGGAGAUUUUGGUUUAGCUAAACUUAUGGAUUAUAAAGAUACUCAUGUUACUACUGCUGUACGUGGAACAAUUGGACAUAUAGCACCAGAAUACCUCUCAACUGGAAAGUCUUCAGAGAAGACUGAUGUUUUUGGAUAUGGUGUGAUGCUUCUUGAACUAAUAACUGGACAAAGGGCUUUUGAUCUAGCUCGACUUGCCAAUGAUGAUGAUGUCAUGUUGCUUGAUUGGGUUAAAGGACUUCUCAAAGACAGGAAAUUGGAAACACUAGUAGAUGCAGAUUUACAUGGUAACUACAAUGAUGAGGAGGUAGAGCAGUUAAUCCAAGUGGCCUUACUAUGCACACAAGGAUCUCCUGUGGAAAGACCUAAGAUGUCUGAGGUGGUAAGAAUGCUAGAAGGUGAUGGUUUGGCUGAGAAAUGGGAGCAAUGGCAGAAAGACGAGACGUUCCGGCAAGACUUUAACAGCAACAUACAUCACCCUAAUGCAAAUUGGAUAGUAGAUUCAACUUCCCAUAUUCAGGCAGAUGAACUAUCAGGUCCUAGAUGAUAACAUUCUAAGGACAGGUGAAUACACAAUACUGCCGGCUUUCUGUUGGAAAGAGAUAUACUUCUGAUUUGUGCAUAUGAUUUUCGCCCCCUCUACCUUUUCUCUUGUUUUCAUCCUUGUGCGCAGAUUCCAUGCCCAUUGGUCAGUUGUGAUUAUUAAAGAAAGAAAAUUGUAAUUUCUUUUGGGUUGUCAAGUUGCAGGAUCAAGUGUAUGUUACAACUUACUAGCAACUUUUGUCAUUGUAGGUAUGAAAAAUUAGAAUAGAGCUUUAUGGAAAUAAAUACAAUUCUAUUGUCGAUUGUAUUAUAUUGACUUUUGUAGUUAUUUCUGGAGGUUUGGAAAUCAAUACUAUUUGAGUCAUGCAAUGGUAGGCAUCGAAUUUAUUACUUGUGGAAAUAUGUCUAAAUGAUCAUGCAAUCGAUUUUUUUCAA